AUAAAGUACCGAUAAAAAUGGUAUAUGCCCUAGUAUUUAUUUGCGUGGAAGAACUCUCUCUUUCUUCUUUGUCUGUUUCAGUUUAGCGUUCUUCAAAAGCAAAAGGAGGAGCAAAGCGCGAAAAAGAGGUGAUUCCACCUGUCUGAUCUAUUCUGCUUCUUCUUAAUCCAAUUCUCUUUGACUUGUGCAUUAUAAAUGCGUAAAUACAGUUACAUAGUAUCACUCAACAGUUCCUGUUUAGAUCGAUCAGCAUCUGCUAUCUAAGACUGUGUCCACGAUCUUCAUUGCAGUGAAGCACAAGAAUGGAAGGGACAGUGUUCACUCCUGCUUUGGAAGGGAUGGGGAAUGUCAAGUCUGAAGAGGGAGAAAUGCUUACCAAGCCUUUCUUGGAUGUUUGCAAGCUCAUUUUACCUGUCAUAGACAAGUUUGGAGCUGCCAUGGUGCUGGUAAAAUCUGAUGUUGGUGGUAAUAUAACGAGGUUGGAAAACAAAUAUUUGUCUGAUCCAUCAAAAUUCCACCACUUGUAUAGUAUGGUACAAGAAGAAGUUGAAGCUAAGACAGCAAAAGCUUCGUCCAGUUGUACCAAUGGUCUUCUUUGGUUAACAAGGGCAAUGGAUUUCUUGGUAGGAUUGUUCAGGAACUUGCUGGAGCAUUCAGAAUGGACCAUGUCACAAGCUUGCACUGAUUCUUACACCAAGACACUGAAAAAAUGGCACGGCUGGCUAGCCAGUUCAAGUUUUACGGUUGCCAUGAAGCUUGCUCCAGAUAGGAAGAAGUUCAUGGAUGUCAUAGAGGGUACAGGUGAUAUCCAUUGUGAUAUUGAGAAGUUCUGCACAAACUUCUCUCCGCAUCUUGAAGAAAACCACAAAUUCUUGGCUAGCGUUGGACUGGAUGACCUGAAAGCAUCAUAAUGGGCUGCUGAAGUUAAAAUUUGCAGUUCUUCGUUUCCUCCUCUGUGGUUCUUGACUUUUUGAGUUCCGGUCACACUCAAAUGAGAAACAAUGCAAAAUUAUAUUCUGGCUUGUAAUGUUUUCUUAUUAUUAGACUAUAUAUGCAUCAAAUCUGUUGUGUUAAAUAUGAGCAAGGGAAGUCUAUUGCUUGAUUGGGGGUCUAUCGAGGGUCAAAUAUAUUGAACUAGGGGUAAUCCGUGCACAAUACAAUUUGAAUAAUUUUGAAAAGGACGUUAGUGACCGUUGGA